UGAUUCCCUUCAGGUGCUCUUGCUUUUAUGCCAGCAACAUUUCCUUAAUUCCAGCGAUGGGCUCCUCCAGUUCUGCCUGUCCCCAGGUGUUUGGUGAGGCAGUCUCCACCAGACUUCAGAUUUAGCCUUUAACCUCAUGUAAAUUGCAUCUGAUCAUUAAUUGAUGUCCAGCAGUCCUGUUCUGGUGUUUAGUUAAUGAUAAUAUAUUACUUUAUUCUGUUAUCGAGUAUCCUUGUAUUGUGGAAAGGUGCUAUAUAAAUAAUGAGUGAAACCUUUUAAUAUACAGUAUAUGUCUUUUAAAUCAGUUGCAUUUUUUGGAGAGGGGGUUAUAUAUUUUUUAUGUUUUAGUGGAUGCGACAGCCUCAAGUGACUUGUUUAGUAUGCUGAAAAGCCAGAAUUAUCUAAAAGGAAGUGAAGAUUUUUACAAGACGUUUUUCUUGCUGCGAUCUUAACUUGCAGGACUGGUGACCCAACACUAGCUGUUUUCCAGUUAAUUGGUUACGCAUUAAAAGUAAGCAAGUCCUGCGGGCUUCCCGGGAGACAGUUUGUUUCAUACGUCUUUUUUUUAACUUGGUUUAUUUUUUGUUCAUACUUUCAGACGUUUAGCAGAGGAGGCGGGGGAAGUCUUACUUUCUGUUCGUUUACUAAGAACAAAGUUCAAGCUAGUUAAGACUGAUCCUGUGAGGAGUGUGAAUUCUUUUCCUCCUUGUGUUUUGUUUGAAAAGAAUGGUUGAAAAAAAAACUAGAAAAAUGUAUCGAAUGACUUCGGAGAACAGGUUUUAAGACUGAAACUCCAGCGCCGGUGACUGCAGAGGGACUCGACGCCCGAGCUUGGACAUUAAAGGUGGGCGGAAAGCGACAGGAAAAGCCUAACUGCGUUCCGAUGAUUUGAUUUUAAGUGCUCCAUACUUGGACGGUUAAUUCUUAUCGGGAUGGACCAUCUCUUCUCCGCUGAGGAGAAGGGCGAUCCCUCGUGCUCAGACGAAGCCUUCUGUAUCCAGGAAUCCAGUGAUAAAAUCGGACCGCCGAAGACGCAGGAAGGCACGGAUGCAGCGCGAGAGGAGGAGCCGACCACAGCCCCCCAGGCCAGCGGCUCGACGCAAGUCCCAUUGAGGUCCAAGAGUUUGGGGUGUGUGAGCACGACCACUCCGCGUUCACCCCGACUGAGCGCCUCUCCCGCGCCCCACUCUGUCCGGAGGCAGAAGCUGCAGAGGCAGCAGGAUGUAGGCGAUUGGGGCAGCUCGUCAGAAGGGACAGAGAAAUACAGUAUCACUCCGGCGAUGAGGAAAAAAUACCUUAAGGAGCUGCUCUUGAGUAAUGGGCUGAGCAAUGGACUCGGAAGCUUGCUGUCCUCCACUACUACUUGCAGUGUCUCCAAGGACUGUGACAGCGACCAGUGGACUUCUGAUGAGAAUGCCAACCGGCCAUUCUUGGCGCUUGAUCCCGUGGAGCAUGCUUGGAUGGUCUCGGUGGUGGAGGCGAACUACGAUACCAUCGUGGAAUUCUUGGAGGAGGACCCCACGCUGCUCACUAAGCGGGACUUUGUCAGCGGCUUUACUGCAAUUCAUUGGCUUGCAAAAUACGGGAAGCACGAAACUCUCAUCAACUUGAUGCGGUUUGCGGAACGCAAAGGGAUCCCCGUGAACAUCAACUUGAAGGCGAGCGGCGGGCUCACACCUCUGCAUGUAGCGGCUAUGCACGGUCGCGACAUGGUCGUUAAAGUGCUGAUCGGCGCCUACAGCGCGGACAUUGAGGCCAGGGACAACAGCGGGCGCCGACCCUGGCAGUAUUUGCGGGCGGGCUGCUCCAGCGAACUCAAGGAGCUCGUGGGUGCCACGGAGGCGGCAUCACCUUUGGGCAUCGCGUAUCAUAAUGUGAAUAACAAUGGCUCAACCAAGGGGGCCAACAGUAAAAGAGUAGCACGAAAUGUCACGGAGACGCCAGAAGAGCCUCCGCAGGACAACAGGCAGCAACCAUGGACUGCGCCGUUAAGGAGGUUCCUUAAUUUGGGGUCUUUACUCUCCUUUCGUAAGAUCUGGAGUCGUGCAGGAUCGGUGCGGUAGGACAACAAACAUCUAGCACAAAUCGGUACCUAAGGACAUACAUGGACUGAGGAGUCAUAUCAAAUCUAAUCGUCUAAACAACUUUGAAUCAUGAGGGCUGAAAACAUGUACAUUUGUAAGAUAUUUUUUAUAUUUGCAUACGGUAUGAGGAAGGAAAUGACAAAUGUUUAAAACAUUGCAUGGUGGAUUCAAACACGGUGGGUCAAGGUACUAUGAUAGCACAGCGAGCAGUGCCGCACUCUCAGAAAGCAAAGCGACGGCCAAUUCUGUGGAUUGUUUGUGUUCUUCCCGUGUGCGCGUGUGUGUCGCCUCCGCCGACUCCAUUUCAUAGACCGACACGUCAGGUGCGCGAAUGGACCCAGAGAUCGAUAGACAAAGGCUGGCGUUGUCGGGUCCGCCCGGUACACCAGAACGCUGGUUCUGACAGAGGAAUGGCGGGCUGCUUGUGCCGGUCUCGCCUAGUUAUAACCUUUAAUCAGUAGUAUAAAAAGAAUAAGGGGCUGCCAUUAUUUCUGCUUGUAACGAGUCUAAAGAAGAGGGCGAUGGUGCACCAUUAUUGUUAGCUUUGCAGUUUCAUAUUCACACUAUUAAUCUUGGUUUAUUUUACAACGCUUUGCAAAUGCUCUGAUGCUUAUGCAUGGAGAUUACACGGUAUGCACAGCCCAUAUUUAACUGAACAAAUAAUACAUUAAGCAGCCGACAGGAUAGAAAAGGAUAAUUGAGGAAAAAGUCCAAAAGAAGUCACCACAUAGUGAGAACAAACGUCGGAGUGUGAUCGCCGAAUUGUAAAUGAUGGUGGUUUGUUUGCAAGUCUGCUUUGUCAUAGUGCUCACCGAAAAAGGCGCUAUAUUAGACAAAGCCAAAACGAGGAGGAGAGUACUAUUGAUUAAUCGUAAUGAGGGAAAAAUAGCAUUUUCGCAUUAGACGUAAUUCUUAAAAAUAUUGUAAAGUAUAUCUCUAAUAUAGUAUUUAAAGAAUCUUGUAUUCUGACCUGUAAAUAUUUUCAGGUGCAGGAGAGCGGCGGCUUAAAUCAUUCAUUGAGAGUUUCCCAUUUUUAUACACUUUUCCCAUCCAAGGAUAAUUAAUUUCUUUGACUCUCAAUAUUGUUUUGCCACACCAUAAAAAUGAACAACAAAAGCGUCUUUCUUUUUGAGUGUAAGAAAAGUAAAAGUCGGUGAAUGAUACCACCCAUAUAUUGUCGGACAGACCGGGCGUUUUGAGAGACAAAAGCGAACAUUUAAGUGGCACGACGUUAACGCGUACAUUCUGGACAUAUCGUGUCAUUUUCUAACCCGCUUAAUCCAGACCAGAGUCACGAGGGCUGCUCGAGCCAGUCACAGGUAGCAUAGGAAGCUCGGCAGGAACAAACCCUGGCUAGGGCGCGAACAGACACACAUAAACCUCUAAAGUCAGUUUAGCGCAGCCAUUUCACCAAACCUACAUGGCUUUGUCUUUGGAGAGUGGUAGGGAACUCGGAGUACCCGACGGAGAACCAAAGCAGACACGGGGAGAACAUGCAAACUCCACGCAGGGAGGACCUCGGGACGCAAUCCUCGUCUCCUAACUGUGAGGAAGCAGCGGUACUAUCGGCUCCAGUCAUUCUGGUAAAAAUGAAAAUUAUUUGGAGCACAGUUCUUAAAAAGGAAGGCUUUGUGAAAAGGGCACACAUUAAAAUAUUGUGUGGUAAUUAUCCAAAUAUGCAAAUGUUACAAAUACAUUUUCAUAGUAUUUGAAAAAUAAAAUUACAGUUCUCCAAAUUUAAGAAUUGUGGCGGUUUGUUUGAACAAACCAGGUGCAAAGCCAUGACCCUGUCUGAAUGGGACACGUUGAACUGGUCGAUUGACAUGAUUUAGCUGAUCUUUCUUGAGCCCUCUUAAUCCACAUACUGGGGCGCACACUGGGUGCCAGUGCAUAUCAGGCGGCCGAGUGCGCAUAGAGCAUGAAACAAAACCAGUAAGAAAUAGGGAGAGGGCUGCUCAGCUGGGAGUUGAACUGGUGUCCGUAUGCGGCCAUUGCUUCACUAGGAGGCAUUGAAGACUUUGAAUUCUCAGUGGAAACUGUGGAAAAAAAUACACUCAGUAAUGUGAGGAGAGAGGACUUUUGGUGUGAAGUAUUAACUAAGCAGUUGACUGUCGGACCCACGCUUUGAAAAAUCACAGUUCUGUAAUAGCACCUACAUUCAUAAAAAUAAACAUGUCAGAGUGGUCUUUUAGAGCAGUGCCAGAGGGGAACCAUGUUUGGUUCUCAAAAGACCCAGCCACAUGAAGAUUCCAGAAAGAACUUUUAUUUAUUUAGAUGUGUAGCAGGCUCCAUACAGUAAAUAACUAUGACAGAUUUGUGAAAGACCAGUGAGUUCUUUAUUUUAAAAGGACUCUCGCUGCCUACAAUAACACAGGCUAGUCCAGGUUUCCUUAAUCUGUUAGUGCCCUGUUAGGCAACUUGACAUACAUUAACAAUUUUAGGCUUCUUCUUCAUAUUAGAAAGUUUUUCAUGGUUACUGUUUGGACCUGUUAUGAUCUAAAUAAAUAAAGGGUCCUUUGCACAACGUUCACAUGGAUGGUUAUUUUGUCAUUGCUCAGGGAUCGUCAUUUUUAGUAGUGCAUCCUAAUUGUUUGGUGAGCAUUUAGCUUUCCCCGUAGUCACUAAUGCAAAUCUGCCGUUUCCGUAAAAGGGCUGCGCAUUAUUUUAAUGAUUCCUAGAAACUGAACAUCCUUAAUGCAGUGCUUACAACUGAUUCUCAUUCCACUAGAUAAGUCAGACUAGUUUGGGAAUGGAGUGCAAGAGCCGUGAAUCGCAAAGUAAGCUGAUGUUCAUUUUUCAGGAGGAAAAUGAAAUAAAGAUGAAAGGAACAGCAGAUCUUACAGGGUUGAAGAAUUUCUUGUACUUUGCAAAAUUUAUAACAUAUAAGGCGUAACUAAAACUAUGCAGAAGCACGUGUUGUGCUGUAAGUGUGGCCUUGCAACUGGACAUUUCUGACUGCAUUUACGUUUCCUCUUGAAAGCGCAGCCAUGAUGUGUUUAGGACUCCUGCAUAUGUGAUGUGAAGAGUAAACUAUUUUAUGAAAUUGUGGUGCUUUCUGAUGGUUAAGCCAAUACGUUCGCACUGGCAUUAAAAAGUAUUCAGCCCCAAAAGCAAUUUCCUCGUGUUGAUUGGGAUUUUGAUCCGUUUGAUGGGGAUUUUUUUUUUUUUUUUUUUUGCAAAAUCAACUACUAUUUUCCACUGUGCUGCCUAUAAAUGAAAGAAAAUUCUAAACUACAAAAAAUUACAUUUAUAAAUGGAAAUGUCAACAGUUUCUAAAUAUUCCUGCCCUCAUUCAGCACUUUAUUGAAGCGACCCUUGCCAUUCUUACAGCAAGGGGUCCUUUUGGAUAAGCCUCCAUUAAUUCUGCACAGCACGAUGGUGUGCCAUUAGGCAAUUCCUUCUUGCAAAGUUUUUCGAGCUGCGCUGGGUGAGUUGGUGAAGUGGCUGUGCACAAUAUUCAGGUUUCACAACAGGCCUUCGACAGAGUUAAGGUCAGCAUUCUGACUGGGCUACUUCAUUUUUAGUCACUCCAUUGUAGCUCUGGCUGUGUGCUUUUGGCCAAGACAAACAUCCUCCCCAGUUUAAGCCUUCAGGCAGAAGGAAGGUUUUCUUCUGUACAUCAUUCACCAUCUAAUCAGUCGUGACCAGACUGGCAGCCCCUGCUACUGAAAGGCAUCACCACAACAUGAUG